CGGAUUGUGUCCCUGCUGCCAUGCGUGUGUCCCCGCCAGCUGAGCAGGAGGUGUGUGCACGAGCAGCCGUGGCACUGCAGCAGGCAGCAGGGCAGAGCUGGGCAGCUGGCAGUGGAGACCCCCUGCAGCUGCUUCUUGCAGAGAAGGAGAUCCAGGAGAGCUGCCUGACUGUCGAUGACAUCUUUCACUUGGAUGCAGGACAGGAGAAGGUCUUGGAAUUGGCAAGACCCCAGCUGGCUCUGCUGCCCCUUGGCUACAGUGUGUCCCUGAUGCUGUGGGACCCAAAUGGCCCUGGGAGCCAGCUGCCACUGCAGGACAUCAUCUGGCAGGUGAUCAACAUCGUCUUUCAAGAGCUGGAAGUGUCAGGGAGCAACGCACAACGCCUGCACACAGUCAGCCUGGUCCAGGUCUGCGCUGAGGGUGAAGCCUGGGACCUGCUCCGUCCCGAUGGCAGAGCCCUGCACGUGAUGGACAUCACACCCCUGGGCCUAAUGGUGGAGGAGGUGAUGGAGGUCACUGUGUCCAAUGCCCAAACUGCCAUCAGCAUCUACACGUGGGGGCUAGGGGCUGCUCCAGCUGCUGGACCCUCAGCCACACAGGGGGCCUGCAGCCUCUUCACCCUCACUGUGGAACAGCAGCUGGAGGGCGGCAGGCAUCGGCGCUCAGCUCUGCGCAUUCUGGCAUCCCCAGGAGCCUGUCCUGAGCUCAGGGUUCCCCAUCCCAUGCUCCAAGCACCAGGCAUGGGCGCCCUGCCCUGGAUCGUGGAGCGGCUGCUGGAGGGGAACAGCCUCACCUUCCUGCUGCUGUGUGUGACGCUGCCAGACACCCCCAGAGAGCAGAUCCGGGCAGCCCUGGCGCUGGCUGAGCAGGUGAAGGGGGCGAACAAAUCAGUGUCACCCACACACUGGGACCCUGCACGGGAGGUGGCAGCGCGGAGGGAGAAGAUCCGAGGGCUGCGGACAGAGCUGCUGCAGACAGAGCUGCAGGAGGCAGUGGGCCGCCCCGAGCAGCGCAGAGUGCUGGCGCAGCUGCAGAGAGCUCUGCGGGAGCUGCAGGUGGGGGACACUUAUGGACGCUCCAUGGCCUGGUCACUAGCGGGGCAACGCCAAUCCCUGGCUGGAUGA